AUGGGUCAGAGCCUCUUCGAACGCAUCCAGGCUAAGCUGGAGCUCUUCCGCCUUGAGCAACGCUACACCCGUCGCCGCCAUCGUCGCUCAACCUUCGUCUCCAAUGCCGUCUAUGUGGACGGCGAGUACGUUUACCAAACCCCCAACAGCACCGGCUCUUCCUCAGAGUCGUCCAACGCAUCCCGCAGCGACGCCCUACACGGCGACCGCGCAUCGCCCACUCCUAGAUCUCCCAUGCACUCCAUGUCGCCUGAACCCACGACUCCUACCAUGGAGACACUGCCUGAGCGCAAGAAGUUGAACCGCUUUAGCUCAAUGCCUGGCUUUGGGUCUCGAUCAGAGGAGCAGAGAACAGUUCAGCGCCGAACUAGCAUGAUUCGGUAA